AUGGCUGUCGAAGCUGUGAAAAGUGACAUCAAAGUCAUGCCGUUUGCCGGAGCUUGUAGCAUGGCUAUAGGAGAGUUCGCCUCGGUCUACACUCAGCUCGACAUAGAAUAUGAAGAAGUAGAAGUAGAAGAGAAGUUACUGGAUCCCAUGCAAGCGGCUAUUGUGUCGGUGUUUGCAUUUUCAGCUGGAGAACUAUUGCCGUUGAUGGUGGCGGUGUUUGUAAGGGAGUACAAGGUGAGAAUCGCGGUGGUGGUGCUAGUGGUGGUGGCAAGUUUGGCGUUGGUGGUGUUUGGAGGUGUGGAAGCGGUGUCGGGGAGGUUUAGGGUUUGGAGUUCUUGUGCUAGGGUUUUCGUUGGAGGCGGUAGAGUUGGGAGAAUGGCAGGAUGGGAAUAUCCAAUGUCGACGCUGGCAAGUGGAAUUGCGUUGCAGCCUGCUGACUUUUGA